AUUAUGAGCACAAAUUGUAAGUCUCUACCAAACAAGAGUAAUCAUUUGCAUUCUCCAUUAUACUCAAAUGUAUAUUGUAAUACUGGUGUAAUAACUCUUCAAGAAACUUGGUUUUUCAUAUAUCUAAAGAGAACAUUAUAUUCAAUAUUUUUAAACAUGCUAGGAUUUCUUUACCGCAUCGACAACACUGUGUGAAACAAGCCCAUGGUGAUUUUCACUUGUGUUAUUAUUAUUACCUUAGCUGUUAUCAUUAUUAUUAUAUCCAUUUUUGUAUGCUGCAUGUUUUUGACAUUACCCCUAUUGUAAAUGUGGAAACUUUUCUGUAUGAUCAAUUUUAUUUAUAAUUUGAGGAAAUUAGACGCGAUAUUGUGAUUAAUGCUGAAAAUUCCAUUAUGUAUCACAAGUAGUGUCUUUGGAAUGAAGUAAAU